AGACAGAGUCGCACGGCUGAGACGCCAGGCAGUCGCCUAGCAACAGCGGGACGCGGAGCGAUGGAGACCAGCAGCAGGGAGCUCCAAGCCGCGGAGUAUUUGGAAAAGCAUCAGAUCAAGGAGCUGGUUAGCUACCUCACCAGCGCCCUCCUUUUCUUUCGGCCGGAAAAACCAAAAGAAUAUUUAAUAUCUCUAUUGGAACGACUGAGAAUUGCAAAAGUAACAGGCGUGGCGUUUCCUUUCUUUAUGGAUAACUCUAACAUUGUGGCUAUGUUUGAGAUGAUGGACUCCUCAGGCAGAGGCACCAUAUCAUUUGUGCAGUAUAAAGAAGCCCUAAAAACCCUGGGUCUAUGCACUGAAGAUGAAGAUUUACAAGAUGAUGGACAUAAAAUAACUUUGGAUAAAUUCAAGGAGGAAGUGAACAAGAGGAUGAAGGAAAUAUGGUCAGCAUUUUAAUAACACCAUAAAUCCAAGAUAAUAAUGAGAAAACAAAGGGAAAAGAUUCCGAGUCAUAUCAAACUGCAGCUGGGCUGCUCCUCCUUCGUUGAAGUGAUUAGCAAGAAUUAUCUGAAACAAAGAAUAAUUCAUAUAACAGUUGUCUUUAUUAUCACAGCCCAAAAACAGUCUAUUCUUACUUACUUCUUGGUAGAUGUAUACAUCCAGCUUCUCUACAAGCAUUUGCCAGAAAAUUUUAAAUAAGGAGAAACAAAGCUGCUGCUCCAACUGAAGUAAAUGGUCUCGUAACGUCAGCAGCAACGGGCAAGCCGAACUGGACAGGGACAUCACUGCCUGCUCUGACUGAGAUGGCAAGGACAACCAUCUGGAAAAAACACAUUUUUACCAAAAAAUUUUCAUCAGUUUCUAUUUUUCAAGUUUUUAAAUCAUUUUAAAUUUGAGGAAGUGUUCUGUCCUAGGGCAUAUUGGAUAAGAAAAAAUAUACAGCCUAACAUUAAAAGCUCUAUCAGAAAAUAAA